UCUCUCUCUCUCUCUCUCUCUCUCUCUCUCUCUCUCUCUCUCUCUGUUGUGAUGUUGGCCAUGGAAGAAAUUCUUUGUGAAGUGCAUGCAGAAGAUACAAACGAGCAAGGUUUGCCUCCUGGAUUUAGGUUCCAUCCAACCGAUGAGGAGCUUAUAACCUUCUAUCUUGCUUCAAAGGUGCUCAAUGGGAGCUUUGGUGGUGUGGAGAUUGCAGAGGUUGACCUUAACCGAUGUGAGCCUUGGGAGCUUCCAGAUGUGGCUAAGAUGGGAGAAAGGGAGUGGUAUUUCUUCAGCUUGAGAGACAGAAAGUACCCAACUGGGUUGAGAACCAACAGAGCUACUGAGGCUGGUUAUUGGAAGGCCACUGGCAAAGACAAAGAGGUUUACAGUGCUUCUACUGGAGCCCUUCUGGGUAUGAAGAAAACUCUUGUUUUCUAUAAGGGUAGAGCUCCCCGUGGUGAGAAGACCAAGUGGGUCAUGCACGAGUAUCGCCUCGAAGGUGACUACUCUUGUCGUUACAUUUAUAAGGAUGAAUGGGUGAUCUGUAGAAUAUUUAACAAAAGUGGAGGAGAGAAGAAAAACCCAUUUUUUAAUGCACACAGAUAUUUGGUAGAACCUGCUGCUGCUUCUUCUUCGUCCCACUCAAUUGUAUUGCCUCAAGUGUUUGAUCAAUCUCCUCAAUCAACAUUAAUGGAAUAUCAAUCACAGUCGACCCAAAUGAAAAGCCUACAAAACCCUUGUGUAGGAGUAGGAGUAGGAGACGAUCUCAUCAAACACUUAACAGUCCCAAUUAAUCAAACUCAAUUUUGGGCCAUGAAUAGCAUGCAAUCGUCUUUUUCACCAAUCACCACCACCACAUUUAACUCCAACAACAGCAACAAAAACCUAUCACAUUCACAGUCCAUACUAAUCAAAUCAUUGCUUUCACACUCACAUCAUCAAGAUGAAUGGGCACCGAAAGAAGCUACUGUUCCCAAACAGUGUAAGACAGAGUCCAGCUUUUCCCAUUUUCAACCACUACAAUCUGGUGCUAAAUCCAACUUUCACUGCGGGCAAGGAUGGGAUAUUGAGAUUGAUCAUCAUCAACAACAACAAAAAGUAUUUCAAGGGAGCUUGAGUUCAUCAAACUUGUGUCAACAACAAAACCAAAACCCAUUGUUUUUUGAGAUGAUGAUGAUGAUGGGGAGUGGUGGGGUUUCGGGUUUUACAGGUCACUGUUCAUGA